GGAUUAGAAUGAAUUAAGGAAGGGAAGGGAAAACUAGCAGGAUACGCAGUAGGAGCGCAGUGGGGUAAAGUGCACUGCAACAUCAAGAUGCAGUUCACUGAAGAUGAAGGUAGAAGCCUCUCUAUCUCUCCAAGGCUAGUGGGAGAUACGAAAGGCCAAGUGGACGGAAAUGAAUUGUAGAAGCUGGGAGAUACGAACCAAAGUGCACGGUGCAACGGAACUAGCUCGUGGCACGAUAUCAUCAUGGCUUCUUUACAGUGUCGGCUGUUCGGCCUGGCCCUGUUGGCCAUCCAAAGAGAGUGCAAAUCACAAUGUCCGAAUUCAUGCAAUCGCAAGGGAGCCUGCGAUAUCUUCGGGUCGUGCUCUUGUUUCUCGGGGUGGACAGGCUCGGACUGCAGUCUACGGAGCUGCCCGUGGAGCUACGCAUGGACCGACUAUGCCUCGUCUGACGAUACUGCGCACGCCAAAGCGGAGUGCUCGAACCGGGGCUUGUGCGAUCGGACCACUGGAAGUUGUGAGUGUAUGGAAGGGUUUACAGGGCGUGCAUGCGAGCACAUGGCAUGCGACUUCAAUUGCCACUACCAUGGGGAAUGUCUCAGCAUGCGGCGCCUUGCACUGACGCAGUAUAGCGACGAGAGCGAACGUUUCGCUUACGAGUCACCCUGGGACGCAGAUAAGAUCUAUGGGUGUGUUUGCGACAGUCCAUACACAGCGACAUUCAACUGUGGGAUGCGUGUAUGUCCCUCUGGAGAUGAUCCGUUGACGAGCAAUCAAGUCAACGAGGUCCAGAUUUUGACGUGUAUGGCGACGUCCGGUAAGUUCGUCCUUCUUCUCCAUGGCAAACCGACAGGAGACAUCCGCAAGGGGAUGCAUAUCGACCAAUUUAUGGCAGCGCUGCAAGAGAGCGAGGCAAUCGACGCCGUAUCAGUAACAUUUUCCGUCGAUAAUGGGACGGCGUGCCAGGAGGACUCGAUCAAUGCCAUCAGUAUCGAAUUUACUCAAAACUUUGGAUCAUUACCCCCCUUGAUAGCAGUCACAGACAAUCUAGAGGGCACAGUGACUAUAUCUGGCGAUGGAGUAACCAUUUUACGCGAUACCGCCAAUUUUGAGUAUCUGAGUGUAAAAGGAACUAAAGAAGACGAGCAGUGCUCAAAUCGUGGACUCUGUGACCCAUUCUCCGCGACGUGCACUUGUAUGAAUACGAACUCUGACACGUACUCUUCCUCAGAUGGAUAUGGAAAUGAGGGUGACCGGGGAGACUGCGGUCAUGCGGUGACUACUAUCAACGAGUGCCCGGGUGACGUAGCGUGCUCAAAUCAUGGCGUCUGUGACGUGAUCAGCUACAGAUGUGCUUGUGAAGAUGGGUGGUUUGGGGCGGACUGUAGUCUGCGAUCGUGCCCGCUUGGAUUGGCUUGGUUCUCCUAUCCAUCAGAGGCCAACCUGGCGCACGAUGAGUGGGUUGAGUGUUCAGGUGGUGGUAUCUGCGACUACACGCUGGGCCUAUGCACGUGCGGGGCUCAAUUCUCUGGUGCUGCUUGUGAGUACCUAGCUUGUCCUGGUGGAUCAGCAACCGCCUGUACCGGCCACGGUCGAUGCGCAUCGAUGGCCGAGCUCGCACUGGCAGCGACCGACAACGGUGAUGCGAGUCCGCGAAUCUAUGGCGCAGAUCCGAAUUCUGGGCUCACCUGGGACGCAAACCGGGUGUUUGGCUGCGACUGCGACGGCGGUUGGGCGGGAUAUGAUUGCUCCCUGAGAAUUUGUUCCUUUGGAGAUGACCCAAAUACGUAUGGGCAGACCAAUGAAGUCCAACUCUUUGAGUGCGAGGGAACUGGUGGCACGUUUCGCCUCAUCUUCCGCCAAAAGGCGACGUUGGAAAUCCCAUUCAAUACGACACGCGAUGACCUUGAGACUCUUAUUGAAGCUCUUAAUACGAUCACUGACGUCGAUGUUGUCUUCUCCAAUGGAAACUCGACUUGCACUGACUCAUCCCUUGGAUACAAUGUCGUCAGCGUCACCUUCAAUACGGAGCAUGGGGACAUUCCUUCAAUGACAGCUGACACGAGCCUACUUUACGAUACAAAUUAUGGGACACAGAUCGGGGGUGGCACGGUGACCUUCUUCACAGACGGUGCCGCAGCCGCAAGUAAUGAUCUAGCUGUUUCCGUGAUCGGCACCACAGAGGAGAUUGAGUGUUCAGGCCGGGGGCUUUGCGACCGCCUGUCCGGGACAUGUUCUUGCUUCGACGGGUACUCCUCCUCGGAUGGUAUGGGAGGCAGUGGCUCCCAGGGCGAUUGCGGCCACCGUAGUCUCUGUAAUGCUGCUUGGUGUGCGAACUGA